CCAUUGGACCAGACCACUGAACGUUUGAAUUCAGGAUCAACACACAGACAGCAGCUCUAGCAGUCUGGGCUGGCAUUAUGGUAUACGCUCGCAUCAACUACAUCCUCCUGCCUGAUUGAAGCUGUUUUGUGCAGGCUACAGAGGCUAGCUAGUGUGAAAGCCGCAGCAUGUGGAACGACGUGUGUCUGCACUGCACGUUCUUAAUAUUACAUGAAUGUAUUUUUAUUAGAGAACAUUCAAAAGCAACAACUGAGGCACUGGCUGCCAGAUUUUAGGACGAUUGAAAUUUAAUAACGACGAUGAAAUUCUCUGCUUCGAUCGCAAUAGACGUUGACAUCGAGAAGCAACUUCCUCAGGUUCUUUACCCGAAAUAAAACCAUUCUCUGGACAGGCAACACCGGCCUGUGCAGAUUCUCCCAGUCAUGGCUCUGGUUACUUUGCAGCGCUCCCCUACCCCAAGCGCUGCAUCCACAGCCAGCACUACCACCACCAACGUGGGGGAGGACUUUGGGAGUGACUAUGAGCGGCGGCUAAAUCAGAGCCUGAGCGAGAGCUUCUUCAUGGUGAAGGGUGCUGCCCUCUUCCUGCAACAGGGCAGCAGUCCUCAGGGCCAGAAAGCACAUCCCCACCACAAACAUGCAGGAGACUUACCUCAGCACCUGCAGGUGAUGAUCAACAUUCUUCGCUUCGAGGACCGAAUCAAACUGGCGGUGCGGUUGGAGAGUGCCUGGUCAGACAGAGUGCGUUACAUGGUGGUGGUGUACACCAGUGGACGACAGGACACAGAGGAGAACAUCCUGCUGGGAAUAGACUUCAGCAACAAGGACAGUAAAAGCUGUUCCGUUGGCAUGGUGCUGCCUCUGUGGAGUGACACCAAGAUCCAUCUGGAUGGAGACGGGGGUUUCAGUGUGAACACAGUGAGCCGGAAUCAUGUCUUCAAACCUGUGUCUGUACAGGCCAUGUGGUCGGCUUUGCAGAUCCUCCACAAGGUGUGUGAGGUGUCCCGCAGGUACAACUACUUCCCCGGGGGCAUGGCCCUCACCUGGAUGGGCUUUUAUGAGAGCUGCAUCUCCUCUGAGCAGAGCUGCAUCAAUGAGUGGAAUGCCAUGAGAGACCUGGAGACCUUGAGGCCUGACUCCCCCACCAUGUUUGUUGACAAGCCCACAGAGAGGGAGAGGACCGAGUGCCUUAUCAAAGCCAAACUCCGAAGCAUCAUGAUGUUCCAGGAUCUGGAGAAUGUCACCUCUAAACAGAUCCGAACAGAGCUGGAGCAGCAUAUGAGCUGUAACCUGAUGCAGUACAAGGAGUUCAUCGACAACGAGAUGCUGCUGAUCCUGGGCCAGAUGGACAAGGCAACACUCAUCUUUGAUCACCUCUACUUGGGAUCUGAAUGGAAUGCCUCCAAUCUGGAGGAGCUUCAGGACACUGGGGUGGGCUAUAUCCUCAACGUCACCAAGGAGAUAGAUAACUUCUUCCCAGGAACAUUUUCCUACCAGAACAUACGGGUCUAUGACGAGGAGACUACAGACCUGCUGGCCCACUGGAACGAGACUUACAACUUCAUUGUUAAAGCAAAGAAGAACCACUCCAAGUGUCUGGUCCACUGUAAGAUGGGCGUCAGCCGCUCGGCCUCCACCGUUAUUGCCUACGUCAUGAAGGAGUAUGGUUGGUCGCUGGAGAAGGCCUGCAACUUUGUCAAGCAGAAAAGAAGCAUCACACGGCCCAAUGCAGGCUUCAUGAGACAGCUGGCUGAGUACGAAGGCAUUCUGGACGCCAGUAAGCAACGUCACAACAAGCUGUGGCGUCCCGAUCGUCCCGACCCAGACUGCGAGCUCCCUGAGGGCCAGCAGGCCCAGUGCUGUGGGAGGGAGGACCCAGGUAAUCAGACCCCUGAACCGGUGAUGUCCCCCUGCUAUGAGGAGGCUUUGGGGGAGAAGGGGGUGGCACAUCCCCUCUCCCCCUGCAGGAUGAUCAGUCUGGAAGUGGACCCCGCUUACAACAACUACUACUUUCGCAGGCUGUCUGACUCGGCCCUGGACAGUGACCCCUCCACGCCGGUGCGCGCUCCGCCCCUCCUGGACAUGGAGCGGGUCUUUAUAGAGAUAGAGGACGUGGAGCGGGAUGCUCUGCUGGAUGACGAGGCCUUUGGGGGGCGAGAAGGCCUUACCCACUUUGGUCAGGCUGGGGAGGGGACAGCGGCCCAGACUUGCUGCCGAGGACCAGAGCCCCUGGAGGAGCUGCGCCUACGUCUGGAGUUCAGCACCGUGGAGGAGGAGGAUGAGGAGGAGGCGCAGAAAGAGGAGGCAGAGAUGGAGGCAUUAGCACAGACAGGAGGAAGAGGGGAGAGUGCAGGACGAGGGGAUGGUGAAGGAGAGGUGGAGAUGGUUCAGGAAGAGGAGGGAGAGAAAGAGGGCAAUGGGCUGGACCUGGUAACCCUGAACCAGAACUCCAACAAUAACAACCACUUUAAUACCCUGUCCAGCCUCAAUGACACUGCUCCUUCCAAACCUGCUCACACAGUCAAGCCUUCAGUCCUCUCUCGAUCAGACGACAAGCCCAGCCAUGGAGUGGAGAUACUGACCCAGGACGCCGAUCUCUGCCUUAGCACACUGGGGAGGGGUGUGGGGUUAAGUGUCUCUGUGGAGGUCCCCAGUCCCACGUUUCCUCUCUCACUCACCUCACCCGACACACCCUGUUCCCCCAGCCUGCUACACCCCUGUAGCCUGCUGUGUGUCUGUGUCAACUGUGUUACCACACCCUCUACACUUCUACCUGAUGCCCAGGACUCCCCUUACUCGCUGACAUCUGAGGACAGGGCUGAUAUUCUGGAGGGUGAAUCUGAGGGUGAGGAAGGGAAGCUUUUAGGGGUCUCUGAGGCUCUCCUUGUCCAAGAGCUGCUGAGCCUGGAGAAGGAAAGGCCGGCAGUGGCCUGCAACGUGGCCCAGCAGCAAGAGACUCUAGUGCAGCUACAGAGGUCAGGGCUGGUCCGCCGGAGGGCAGAGAGGCUGGAGAGGCUGUCAGGUCUGUCCCUAGAGGGGCUUCAUCCCCUGGAGCUUCCAGAAACUCCCAGCUCAGGGGCAAGAGAGGACUCCAGUCCUGUGGAGGGGAUUUUCUCAGUUUUCCCAGGAGACUUCCCCAAGUCCUCCACACCAUGCCCAGUACGCCUAGAGCCGCUGCUGGUUCCUCUGCCUAAUGAGACCCUGCUGGGGGCAGUGGGAUCUGGGAGUCUGACACCCACCUCCUCCCCCCAUGGCUCCACACUGACACGUAGCUCUAGCAGUGACAGCAUCCGCAGUGUGAGGGGCAAACCCGGCCUGGUGCGCCAGAGGGCUCAGGAGAUCGAGACUCGCAUGCGGCUGGCCGGCCUCACCAUCCCCUCAAGCCUCAAACGCUCUAACUCACUGGCCAAACUGGGCAGCCUCAAUUUCUCUUCUGAAGACCUGUGCUCCAUCUGCUCCUCGGACGCUGGCACCCUCCUGCUCCGCUCUCUUUCCCCAGAGCCAGGCCGAGAAUGGGAGUGCCCCACCACCUCUUCCUCUACCUCCACCUUCACCUCCACUCAUCCCAGAGCACAGAGGGACCAGACCAGCCCAGAGAGAGCACUGCCAGGGGGGACCAGGAGCUGACAGGAAGGAUGGAGGGACACUCCUCCACCCAUCCCUCCAUCCCCCACUCUGAGCUGGAGAGGGUAACAGAUUUUGGAGAGGGAUAGUCUUAAAAAAAACAAAUGUGUGUGUAUAUAUAGAAUUAUACAUAUAUAAAUAAACAUUUAAAAUAAUAUAAAUAUAAAUCCACAUCAUAUUGAAGUUAAAAGAAACAAUCCAAAUAUUUUGGUUAGUCUGUUUUUGCAUGGAGCUCAAUGAAUGUGUGUGUGAAGAUGAACCUCGUACAGAAGACCUGGUCUCCAUCAGGACUUAAAAAAAGCUAUUUUCAUUCCUGGUCCUUUGCCUUUCUUGCUGUCCAGAGAUCAGAAUUACAGCUUCAUCAUUAUCAUCACCACCAUAUUCCUCAUUAUCAUCACCAUCCUAUAUAUAUAUACCCUGACUUUCACAAGCAGUGGAUAUUACAUAGACUUUAUCAUUCAAUGUUUUGUUUGCUUUACCAUUGGUUUAUGGUACAAAUUGUGUUGAUUGGCUUAGUUGCUGUCUUUAGAGUUGAUAAUCAGAUGAUAUUGAUUUUGCUCUCUCUCUCUCACCAUGUGCUGAAAACAAAGGUGAGAAGAGGGCGUGGUUGUCCAUGCUGUAUUUAGCACUGCUUAUCUAUCUUCGCUUCAGUCAACAUUUUUUACAGUAAGCAAUAUGACACUUACAGAGACCAUAAACAUGUCAUAACACAAAGCACCAUUCAUUUGAUGUGCAGUAUGUUGUUUGGAGGACAAUGACUAUCAUGUGAUAGGUCAAAUGUGUGACAUCACAAUGGUCCUGGAGAGUUGGUAUGCUGAAACAUUUUCUUCCUCUUUUCACCUCUGUGUUACAGAUGAUCUGUUCCAGGUGGUUGGUUGUUUACUAACGAUGUGAUAUUAGAAAUGUGAUUGUAAAUUAUACAAGCAUAGAAUCCAUUUCCUCUGCUUCUGAGCCUGCUUUGUAUUUGGAGAUUUGAAUCAUUUUGGGAUGAGCCAAAUAGAUGUCACAAAUCAUUUUUAAACAAUUCAGAUCCAAAAAUAAUAAAAAAAACAAAAAGACCAUAGCCCUCCCUCAAGUACUGCAGUAUGAUUCCACUUUGUAACAAAAGUCAUUCCUUCUUCCUUGAUGCUAUAAUAUCCUCCAAGCUUCCAACCUUUACCUGUUGCAGAACGUCUACAUAUAAUUCCAUGAGUCUUCUGGGACCAUUCUACCUCUGACGCCACGGUGAUGUGGUGCUUUUCAUUUUGUUCAAGCAGUUCUACAGACCUGCUCCUGUCAGGUGAGAGGCUCACAUGCCGUAUCGGAUCUCUUCGGGCUGUGUGUUGUAUGCAGGGUAGUCCAUAGUUGUCUGGUUUAUAAUCUUAAAUCUGCUGAGCCUCCAAUGUCUAGACACUCACCAGCCAAACCUCACCUGAGAUUCAGCAACAGUGCCGUGGAAAACAUAUGACAUAACAAUGGGGCUGAGAAAGCCAUCUUGCAGCUCCUUUACUGCCCUCCCUUCCCAUUAGCCUGUGUCUAGGCCUGGGUUUACCAGUGUUUUGUAGAGGUCCUUUCUGAGAUCGGCGUCCACUGAAAGGAACCUUGCGAUUUUGCUUUGCUUCUGGCUACGUUGAAUGCUAAUCUUAUUCAAACUGCUCUUUGUCAGUUUUAUAAGUUGAGCAUAGGGGCGGCAGGUAGCCUAGUGGUUAGAGCGUUCAUCGAAUCCCAGAGCUGACAAGGUAAAACAUCUGUUGUUCCGCCCCUGAACAAGGCAGUUAACCAACUGUUCCUAGGCCGUCAUUGAAAAUAAACAUUUGUUCUUAACUGACUUGCCUAGUUAAAUAAAAAUAAAUAAAAUACAACUUCUCUCCCUCUGCAGCUGCUUGUUGACCCACGCUUGUCUGUAAUCAUGUCCUUUAUUGCAUCUGAGACUUGGUCUUUGAACUGAGUUGCGAUGCAGAAUCAAAAUUGUGAGCAGUUGCAUUGGGAGUCGUACAAAGUCUUCUUUAGGUUCCAGAGACGGCUUCUCUCUGAUCUUUCCUCUGUGGGACUCUGGAGGGUCACACCAUUCCUUAUGCAUGAGGCCAUGAGAUCCAUGAUGUCUAUCCACUUCCAUCCUUGUUCUUUCUCGCCCUGUCUCAGUACUGCUCCCCUGAAAAGUGUACCACUAUUUCACAUUCCAUGUAGUUCAUUCCACUCAGCUUGUCUUCGUGUAUAAUUGAAAAUAAUAUCAAUUGUUAAUUUAACAUCUGGCUACUUUACCAUAUAUUCUUUUUCUUCCGUUUUUUUCAGUUAUUUUUACAAUGUUGCAGUCAUAUUUGCUUUUAAAAUGAUUUUAUAAGUUCAGUAUUUGUGCAUGAGAAUGGUUACUGUGAACUAUUGAACUACAUUUUUAAUAGGUUCAUAUUGCACAUGCAUUUCUCCCACGUAUGAGAGCACAUGACGCAUUUACUGUAUGUAAAUAUGUAUGUACAGUAGUCGAUGACGUUACAGAAUAUACUGCUGUAUAGUACUGUAUGUACGUGUCUGUUAAUAUGGAGAGCAGAGACUUAGUUCUUCCCAAUGACUCCAGUUCCUGUGCGGACACUGUUUUACUGCAAGCAGUGUCCUUCCAGUUUUAAUCACUUAUGCUGUGUUUGUGUAUGUAUGUAUGUAUGUACAUAUGCUAUUUUAUUGACAUGUGUCAGUUGCCUGUUUUUUAAAUUUUUUUUUAAGGUUUUGGUUCUAUUGGGCAUAACCCAAACAGCCACUUACCACUAAAAUCUUGACCUCAAAGAAAGUGUUAAAUUAGCUGAAUUGCCUCUGUCAUUGUACGUCAAAAUGUCAACCAUGAUACUGUGUAAGUGUAUUUGGUGUGCCACGCAAACGCUGAUGUGAUUGUGCACAUACUGUAUACAGGACCUCUGUACUGUAGAGAUGGCUCUGUAAUGUUUCUCCCCAGUUUAUACCCUUGCUGCUUCCAUUUCAGGGUGAUGGUUUAUUUAGUUGCUGUUUUUCUUUCUUGCUGCACACUAGAUGUAGAGAACAGAGCGAUGGACGUGCUUCCCAGGUGCCAGGCCAACAUCUCUGGACAGCAGGGCUGUCCUAUGGUGUGUGUGCAUCAUGUAAUAUGCACUACGUUUUAAAAUGUGUGUGGCAAUCUAGACUCUUUUCACAAUGGAUGCCAACCUGUGUUGUGGGGUCUGUUGUCCAGUGUGGUGCCCCUUAACCCCAUCUAGGUUGCCACUUGGCGUCUGAUGCUGCACACAGUGCAACUGGAGGUCAUUAGUGCUAUAUGAGUGUGUGAGCUGUUAGUCCACUUCCAUUUAGGUUUGAUUUAUGGACACACACUAGUGCCUUAGCCGUGAGAACAGAGGCAUAGAGAUGUGUGACGUGUGUGUGUGUGUGUGUGUGUGGUGCUGCCAGUAUUGCAGAGGAUUUGGAUAGUAGGGUUGAUACAUGAUGGGAGUGGGACACUGAUGAGACUUCCCUUCCUUUUUAGUAGAACAGUGGUCCUUCAUUUCUUUUCAUAUUUGUAUUUUUUUCUAACGAUAGACCAAGGUGUGAAACAGGAAUCUGAAGCCUGGUGUUCCUUUUUUGAAACUUCUUUGGUUUGAAGAGUAUUAAUCAAUAUUCUCUUCCUUGUCCCAUUCACAUGUCCAUCAGGGUUUCCAAGAUGGGAUUUUGAUUCCAAAUUGUUAGUGCUCUUUGAAAUGUGGGAUAGCACAAAAGUUAUAUCUACUGGUGUUGUCACUAAAUAGACACUAUUGAAGCUGUUUGACAUAAUCGUGAUUCUCAUUUUGUAUAUUAAUCAUUUAUUUGCGUCUGUAAUCUGUUACAUCUUAUGUAUUGCACCUUUGGGAGAAACAGAAGAGACUGUAGGAUCAUCCGCAUACUCGCAUAGUGUCAUACUGAUAGAUGAGUGUUCAUAUCACUAAUGAUUUAUGAGGUUUCUUGUAGGCAUAAAGUCAAACCAAUUUGAGAAAGAUCACAGCGAUAGGUUUCUCCACUGUUUUUUGUUAUCAUUAAGUAUGCAGUGAUUUUUGGUACUGUACAUUUGCUGUAGUUUGAAUGCAUUAUGCACUUUUUUACAUUUGUUAAAAUGUACUUUUUAUGAAAAUAAACGUUUUUUCAUA